GUGCAUUGUAGAAUCACUUUCGAUGGCAUUUCGUUCAUUCCUUGCCAAAUUGCAUUGUAACAUAAACACUGGAAAACAAAGGGUCUAUCUAUAAGCCAUCAUUAACCUGUUCCUAUAUUCAGCCUUUGUUUUGAUUCAUUGUGUGACUCUCAGUAGACUACAAUGAGAAUUCACCAUCUUUCAUUGCUUUCCCUCAUAUUCUGCUACUGCUUCUUGAUACACCGUAUGUUUGACAUCACUGCAGUGUCUGGCCAAAUUGUUGAGGAUCAACAACAAUCAUUACUCAAACUGAAGAAUGGCCUCAAAUUCAACCCUGAAAAGUCUCGCAAACUUGUGACUUGGAAUCAAAGCAUAGAUUGCUGUGAGUGGAGGGGUGUAACCUGUGAUGAAGAGGGACUUGUUAUUGGCCUUGACCUGAGUGGAGAAUCAAUCAAUGGUGGACUUGACAAUUCAAGUACUCUUUUCAAACUGCAAAAUCUCCAGCAAUUGAAUUUGGCUGCUAAUAACUUGGGUUCUGAGAUACCAUCCGGAUUCAACAAGUUGAAGAGAUUAACAUAUAUGAAUUUGUCGCAUGCGGGCUUUGUGGGGCAGAUUCCAAUAGAGAUUUCCUACCUAACAAGGUUGGUAACUCUUGAUAUCUCUUCUGUUUCCUAUUUAUAUGGGCAGCCACUGAAACUUGAAAACAUAGAUCUACAAAUGCUUGUCCAAAACCUCACCAUGAUUAGACAACUGUAUAUGGAUGGUGUAAGUGUAUCAGCUCAGGGAAAUGAAUGGUGCAAUGCUUUGUUGCAGCUACAUAACCUGCAGGAGCUGGGCAUGUCAAACUGCAAUCUCUCUGGACCCCUUGAUCCUUCGCUGACAAGACUUGAGAAUCUAUCCGUCAUUCGUCUUGAUCAGAACAAUUUAUCAUCCUCAGUGCCUGAAACCUUUGCUGAGUUUCCAAAUUUAACAAUCCUUCACCUUAGCUCUUGUGGAUUGACUGGAGUAUUUCCAGAGAAGAUCUUUCAGGUAGCAACAUUGUCUGAUAUAGACUUAUCAUUCAAUUAUCAUCUUUAUGGAUCUUUGCCUGAAUUUCCGCUGAACGGUCCUCUUCGGACACUGGUUGUAAGGGACACAAGUUUCUCAGGAGCAAUACCAGAUUCUGUAAAUAAUCUUAGGCAGUUAUCCAUAUUAAAUCUUUCUACUUGCCUUUUUAAUGGAACACUACCAAGUUCAAUGUCAAGACUGAUGGAACUCACUUAUCUGGAUUUGUCAUUUAACAACUUCACUGGUCCAAUUCCAUCCUUGAAUAUGUCCAACAAUCUCAUGCAUUUAGACCUCUCACACAAUGAUUUAACGGGUGCAAUCACUUCUGUUCACUUUGAAGGCCUAAGAAAACUGGUCCAAAUUGAUUUACAGUACAAUUUACUCAAUGGAAGCAUUCCUUCUUCACUUUUUGCACUCCCAUUGGUAAAAACCAUUCAACUUUCCAACAACCAUUUUCAGGGGCAGCUGGAUGAAUUUUCAAAUACCUCUUAUCUGUCUUCCAUAAUUUUCCUGUCUCUUUCCAAUAACAGUUUAUCCGGGAGUAUUCCUCAUUCCUUGUGCAAUAAUUCAAAUCUUCUAGUUCUGGACGUUUCCUAUAAUCAGUUCAAUGGGAAAAUUCCGGAGUGCUUAGCACAGAGUGACACACUUGUGGUAUUAAAUCUGCAACAUAACCAGUUCAAUGGCAGCAUUCCAGAUAAAUUUCCACUAUCUUGUGCUUUAAAGACUCUGGAUCUCAAUAGUAAUCUAUUGAGGGGCCCAAUUCCCAAAUCUCUAGCAAAUUGCACAUCAUUAGAGGUGUUGGAUCUUGGAAACAAUCAGGUAGAUGAUGGAUUCCCAUGCUUCUUAAAAACAAUAUCCACACUCCGAGUCAUGGUUUUGAGGGGAAACAAAUUUCAUGGGCACAUUGGAUGCUCUCAUACUAAUAGUACUUGGCAUAUGCUUCAAAUUGUUGAUGUGGCUUUCAACAAUUUCAGUGGUUUACUUCCAGCAAAAUGCUUCAAAACUUGGAAGGCAAUGAUGCGUGACGAAUAUCAUGAUGGAUCGAAGCUCAUUCGCAUUGGAUCUCAAGUCCUUACGUUUGGUGGUAUAUAUUAUCAGGAUUCUGUGACACUUACGAGAAAAGGAUUACAAAUGAAGUUUGUUAAUAUCCUAAGUAUCCUCACAUCUGUUGACUUCUCAUCCAAUAAUUUUGAAGGAACGAUACCAGAAGAGAUAAUGAAUUUUACAGGACUUUUUUGUCUCAACUUGUCACAUAAUGCUUUAGCAGGCCAAAUCCCUUCAUCUAUGGGAAAUUUAAAACAGCUUCAAUCAUUGGACCUGUCAAGCAACCGUUUUGAUGGAGAAAUUCCCUCGCAGCUUGCAAGUUUAAACUUCCUCUCAUACCUAAACCUUUCCUAUAAUCGUCUGGUUGGAAAAAUCCCUGUAGGUACACAGCUUCAAACAUUUGAUGCAUCUUCCUAUGCUGAUAAUGAAGAAUUAUGUGGAGUUCCUUUGAUUAAGAGCUGUGGUGAUGAUGGAAUAACAUAUGGGCGGUCAAGAUCACUACAAACACGGCCACAUGCAAUUGGUUGGAAUUUCUUAAGUGUUGAAUUGGGUUUUAUUUUUGGCCUCGGACUUAUUAUUCAUCCCCUCCUGUUUCGGAAGCAAUGGAGGCAUUGGUACUGGAAGCGUGUGGACUCUAUUCUAUGUCUUAUCUUCCCACAGCUGAAUCUUGAAUUCGAAAGGCAUGGAGGACAAAGCUAUAUAGUUUUAAGGUGGGGGCUUUAGUCAUAAGGGAUUAGUAAUAUGCUAAUAGCAAAUCAGCCAGACGAGCACUGGUGUGAUGAGGUGAGGAUGUUUUCUUCAACCUUCAUUGAUUGCUUCAUUUCAUAUUUUUCAUAAGCUGAGAAAAUGUAAACAAAAUACAGUGUAUGAUUAAUGAUCAGAUUUGGAAAUAAAUACACAUGUAAGAUUUUCCCCAAGUCCUACUAAAUAUAAGAGUCUGUAAGAUUAUACAGAUGAUUGUGUUUUCAUUCAAUAAUCAAUAUAAAUGAAACGAUGACGAGAAAAUUUGAUA